AUGCGGGCGAGGAGUGGACGAGAGAGAGAGAGAGGGCAGAGAAGGAGGAGAUUCAGAAGCAUCUAAUAUCAGUGUCCAGACAGAAAGUGUGUGACUCUCAUCCUCUGAACACAAUGGCUCGAUCUGCCUUUCUCAGUCUGUGUAUGGGUGUAUGGAUCACUGCUAUCAUCAUCAGCAUCAACAUGGAUGUUUCUCUUGGAGAUCAAGCAUUGGACUGCUGUUUGAAGUUCAGCUCUCAUCCCAUCCCAAAACGCAUAAUCGCCUGUUACCGUGAACAGCGCAAAGGCGAAGGCUGCCUCAUCAGUGCUGUUGUAUUCCGAACUCGAAAAGGUCGUGAUCUUUGCGCUCCCCCUGAUGCGCAAUGGGUUAGAGAGCUGAUGGAUAUGGUGGACGCGAGGCCAAUGAAGAAAUACAAGGAGACCAUCUGUCUAGGAAUGAAUGCCUAGGUUCCCACAUGGGCUGGAAGAUGCUGGUAGCUAAACAGUUAAACUGCCUAGUAGUCCUACACCGUUUCCUGGGACUGCAUCUUUUACAAUGAACUUUUUUUCUCUACGUUAUAAUGCAUCUGGAUCUUUUAUAUUGCAUUAUGUUGUUGUUGUUGUUUUUUUCUAUAAACUUUUUAAAAAUACUUUGAAGUUCUAUUAAACUGUGUCAACGUUCAAA